AUGCCACCCUCCACCGUUUUCUCCUACUGGCGUCGCGACCAUCGCCGAUCGAGUGCGUCUCCUGUCUCGUCCGCGCAGCCCACGCCGGCCAUCGCCUCCUCCACAAGAAGCGCCAGCAACCCGCCGCAGCUGCCGGUGAUCCCUAACACUGCUGCUUUGCCGACGACCUUUGGGGACUCGUCUGCUACCACCGAUGGUUCGAGCCCCCACGCCUGGGGUGACUUUUCGCCCGACUUCGACGCCGACAAAUUGAACGUCGCCGUCUCCGCGACCAGCGUCAAUGCGCCCUCGUCCUCGUCGACCAACCUCGCCGUGCCGCCCACCGCUGCAGACAAUAACACUCGGCCUCACUCGAGUCCGGAUGAGUGCGAUCGAGAUCCUUCCAUUACGUCUCAAUCGAACUCCUCGCAGCCAUCCUUCACGGCUCCGCGUCCGGAACACGCCGAUGGCGAAUCGUCCAAACCGAACUCGCCCUUCCGACGGUCGUUUGGGAAGGGGUUCCUACAUACGCAGUCCUCCGACAACCAGUCGAAACGCUUGUCGACCUCCGGAAUCGCCCAUUCAGGUCCUUUCCGGCUGAAAGCCUCUCCCGAUAACUCUCCGGCGGAGAAGACAACCGCGUCGCAGAGGGAGAGCCGAUUCGAGUCCGCAAGCCAUCGACGUCAAGUCGAUCGAGAUGUCCCGGCAGAUACUACCCACCACAAGUCCGGCAAGACGCGGCUACACUUGUUGAACCCUAUGUCUCUUUUGGCCCGCAGGCGCUCGUCUCAAAUCGCUAGUCCGCGGACGGAGGAUGUGAAGAUCGGUGCUCGCAAUCUCGUGCCGGCCAUUCCUGAUGACUACGAUCCUCGAAUCCGCGGAAACAUUGUCCACGACUUCUCCGCCCCUCGACCUCGUCGAAAUGUGUCGGCCGCACCCGUUCUUCUACGUGAAGCCGCAAGUCGCAACUCGAGUGAUCAACCUCGACCCACGAACGGGACCCAAAGACAUGUCAGCGAUCAGAUAUUAGCGACCAACGAGCAGAACAAGCGACACAGUGAAUACUCUCCGGCUUUCAAGGAGCAUUUUGAGGAUGAUCAGCGAGCGCUGCAGGUUGAGAGCAAAGGCUACCUACAAUCUUCAUUACUGACGAACCCGCCACCUCGCGAGAAUGAUGCGCAAUCACUUCCGGUUUUUGCCCGGAACCUACCCACGAGGGUACCGGAGCAAGAAGAAAAGCCCGAAAAGCCCGAAGAUCCCCAGCCGAAAGACAGUCCACCACCCCCGACGACCAGCGAGCCCGCAGAUAUCCCGCAAGACUCGGACACGAUCGAUUUUGUGCCCCACCAGCCGUCUGGCUUACCAAAGCACCUCAAGAGCAAUGCUUCUCGGUUCAGCUUUGAUAUGAACGGCGUAGAGUCAUCAACGCAGGAGAAGCUUUUGGAAGAAAAGCACAAGGAGAAGGAAGCCGCACGGAGAGCGAAGGCUCGACUGGAAGACCCCGAAUUCAGUGAUGGAGAGGAUGACUAUGAUAACGAGCUCUUGGAUGACUUGGAUGGUCUGGAAGAGAAGAUCCCGGGUGUGAACGCCGAUGCAGACGAGGACGAUGAGUUCAGCGGCUUCUCGGGCCCUGGUGACAUCCUAAACAAGUCAUGGCUUGCUCCCGGCCUAUCUCCAGUCAUUGCAAGUCCUGUCAGCCAGAAUGCCCCAAGUAUACCCCCCACUGCGCCUGGACAGAGUCAUCUAGCUCUUGAUCCUGCUCCUGCUUCCGCACCGAAAUCAAAGGACAACGAGUACCCCACCUCAAGUCUCUCACCUUCGUCGGAAUCACCAGUCGAGGUUCCACCGCCGCUCCAGCCGUCGAAGUCUCCGGCGCAGGUGUCACAGAUACCGACAGGACCUCCUCCAAACGCGACUCAGUUCCUUGAUGACGAUGAUGAUCUUUAUUUUGAUGACGGUGAAUUCGGUGAUCUCACGGCUGACGCCGGGGGUGAACGGUUCGAUGAGUCCAUCUUCGACGACGAGACAAGUCAUCUCUACGACCGAAAACGGACCUCUGAACCCACCGCUCCGGUCCCUCAGCAGCAACCGGAGAAGAAGGAUGAGUUGAAUGAUGCACUGUCGUCUCUCGGUGGCCUCAGUCUGGAAGCGGGCCCUAACGGUGGACUCAAACAUGUUUCUAGCAUAGCCAGCGAGUACCGGCCGGGCUCUAGGAAGUACUCACAUGUCCCGGGCGAUAUGCAAGAUGCGGGAGCGGCGAAGGCCCAUGGGGGUGUGCUGUCCGAGCACAACCUUGAAGCUCUACAUAAUGCUUUGGCAAAGGCGGCCAAUCAGACGGCCACCGAUGACCGCUUUGACCGCACCGUGAGCGUGAGCGAGCGAUCGUUGAAUCGGGAUGAUGUUGAUCAGCCUCUGAGCCCACAGCCGGGUCUCGUGUCGGACGACAGCCACUUCAAUCAGUCGGUUGAUAUGGCCAGCUUCGAACAAGGGUUCGAGGACUUUGACUUCGACGAUAACGACGCGUCGUUUUAUGACGAUCCAAUCAUUGCCGCCGCCAAUGCAGAGGCCCUUGAAAAUGACGACGAAGGAUUCUACGGGCAGGAGUUUGGGUUCUACGCGCAAGCUCAUGGCAACGGGGAAUUGACGAACGGCGGAUAUUUCGGACCUCGUGGCGUUGAAGGAAUCACUCGUAGCUUCAGCAGCCGGGGCAAAUUCCGAGAGCCCAGCCUGACGCCCAUCACCGAGCGCAGCGAGCUAGGAAGUACGCGCAACUCCAUGAUUUCGGUGUCUGCUCACGGGGCGGCGCACUCGAACCCUCUCAGCCCCGGACUGGCACAAUUAGUCGAUCUCAGAGACAUCGAGGACGAUAUCUCCCUCAGUGCCCUCAUCAGACUCCGUCGGGGAGCAUGGGGAGGGAGCAACGGCAGCCUGCGUAGCGGCAGCGGAAGCCCUCCUCCCAACCUCCAAACCGCGUCCAAUCGCGCCAGCUUCACCGGCCUUUCGGAUGUGAGUCCCACCGUCUACAACGCUCCUCCGGACCUAUUUGGAGGCCCAAGCACAAACGAAUCACCAAUCCGGGAAACCUACAGGGGCGCAUUUACCUAA